UAAAGUGGUCCCUGAUAAUCCUGUUGGCCUUCUUCCUGCACUGCUGGGUGGAGAGGUCCUCCGUGGAUGGCAGCUCCGUCCUGGUGAUGUGCUGAGCAGUUUUCACCUCCCUCUGUAUUUGCUUUACUGUGGAGGGCGGUGCAACUGCCAUACCAGAGGGCGAUGCAGCCAGUCAGCCAGUGUAGAGGAGUGUAUAAAAACAAUAUAUCAUAGUGUACAUAAACUAUUAUUUGUAUUAGAUACAGUAGGCCGUGCCCUUCUAGUAUGUGCUCCCCAAUGGACUCGUUAGUGUAUAAUCGUUAUUAGAGACUGAGUAGAAGCCCAGAGAGGUUUUAUUUAUAUAGUUACAGAGUAUUUAUAUGUUUUUUCUCGUCUUAAAUAACCAUUUUAUGAUACAUUUAUUUUCAACCACAGAGCAAACAGAUGAGAGAGUAUAUAGAGAAGAUAUUUAGUCAUAUUCUAUUGGGAAUGUGCAGUAUGGAAAAAGGCUCUCAUUCAUGAGAAAAGGUGGUCACAUUUGACACAUGAUGAUCAACUCCCACUUUUCUGCUUUGAUGUAAAAGUUGAAGAAAGAACAGCAAGAAAAAGUGCAGCCGUCUCUAAACAUGUCCCCAUAAACACAUUCUGCCUGAUUACAACAUCUAUUUCUUCAGCCUAUUUGUCCUCAAGUGUAGAUUUAAAAGUAAUACAAACAUAUGUUAAUCCACUGGCUGCAUGUAUUUCAAAGUGGUGUAAUCCUUAAAAUGUCAGUCCUGGUUGAUUUGGAUACAGAGCGAGAAUGGCAGACUCCGCCACUAACAGAAAAAUACUAAUUAUUGAAUGUAUGUGGAAUGGCUAUUGCAGAAAAGAUGCCGACCAGCUAUCAAAAAUGGGGACACUUUCGAAAACUUUUCUUCUCAGACGAAUAAAGGGAGUGAAAAGUGGGACUGCUGUGGUGGCUAAAGUUGAAUCAUGUGCUCUGAUGUUUUAUGUAGCCGCUGAAUGACAAAGAUUAGAGUUCUGGAAGUGUUAGGAGACGAACUAAAACAAGAAUACCUGCUGAUUUCUUAUUAAGCUGGAACACAUGUUUUCUGUUUGGAGAGAUGGGUUUUUAUGCUUUGCUUAUAAUCACCUUAUUCCCCUGGUGGGCAACAUGAUGUAUAUACAGUAUAAGCACAGGGCAGUGUAUGUAGCAGACGUAACCAAUAUUGAGCCACUUCAGGAAGUUAAAUUUCCAGCUUCACUCAGACAGCAAGAGCAUAGUUUUUAUGGUUAAUCCUCUUUGGCCAGUGCAUUAUGGUUUUGCCUUAAUCAUGAAAUGGAUUAUAUACAAAAGUAUGUAAACUAUUUUGUUCUACAAUUUGCCAAUGAAGCAGACAUAUUUGCUGUGUACAAUAUUGUGUACAGGCAGUCUGAUGCAUUUCCUAAUGUGCAAUGUGUUAAAAACAUAUCCCUCGAAAUGUGUUAUCCUUAUGAUCGUUCAACUCUGUAAUAACUUUUCUGUGUAUGAUACUUUAAAGCAAAUGUUGAAGACAACUUAUAAGUGUAACACAUUCUGUAUCCUGUCUAUUCCAACGUGUUAGCAGGAACUAUACAGUAGUAAUAUUGUGCUUAUUCUUGGAAUAUUUAUAGGUAUUUUUUACAGGCUUUGUAUAGAAAAACACCUAUAGCUUAAGUGGCAGGCAUGUACCACUUUCACGUGUUCAAAUCAAAUCUAUAUCUAGAACGAUAUGUGUACUGUAUUUAAACCCCACCCUUGCACAUGAAUCUUUACCCUCUAACAGGCACAUCAAAUGUUUGCAGUGAGCAAUACCCAGUGGUAUGAGAAUUAUCUUUCAGUCUAUUUCAACAGCUUGAGUAGUAUUUCCAGUUUUGUAUAAAAGUGUAUUCUUUCCUGAUUACCUCUUGUUAAUAAAUCUAUUCUUUCUCAGGGGGAGAAGUGUCUUCAAGGGUGCCACGUUUGUUUUACACUGUAAACUGAGCUAGCUGCAUGAGCACAGACACUUGGUGGUUGUAGCUUUACUGGGGAAGACAAAGAGGGGGGGACAAAGGAAAGGGGGUGUUACUUUAAAAAGCAGCCGGCUCAUGUGACGCUCUCACAGCUUGUUGGGGGUCGACACGGUGAAAGUAUGGCGCUCGGUGUUUUGUGGUUCAUCGCCACCGUUUUUAGUUUAGUCCAUUUAACACCGUUAACUUUACCCGAAGAGGAAUAUCAAUUCAAACAGUGGAUGUCACAGUACAACAACGUUUAUGACACCGAGGAGUAUUACCACCGGCUCCGCUCAUUCACUGAGAAUAAGAGGGAAAUAGAUAAUCAUAAUGCUGGGAAUCACUCGUUCACAAUGGGCUUGAAUCAGUUCUCAGACAUGACAUUUGAGGAAUUCAGGAAAUCUUUUCUUUUGACAGCGCCUCAGAACUGCUCAGCUACUAAAGGGGGUCAUGUCAGCUGGGCUGGUCCUUAUCCCGAGUCCGUAGACUGGAGGACGAAGGGCAACAUUGUGACUCCCGUGAAGAACCAGGGUCACUGUGGAAGCUGUUGGACCUUCUCUACUACUGGCUGUUUGGAGUCAGUGAAUGCUAUUGCUACUGGGAAGCUAAUAUCUCUGUCUGAGCAGCAGCUGAUAGAUUGUGCUAAAGACUUCAACAAUUAUGGAUGCAUGGGUGGCCUCCCCAGCCAGGCAUUUGAGUACAUCAAAUACAAUAACGGCCUCAUGACAGAGGAGGACUAUCCCUACAAAGGACAUGAUGACACUUGCAAUUUUGAGCCUGCCCUUGCAGCUGCUUUUGUCCUGGAUGUUGUCAACAUAACAAGUUAUGAUGAAAAGGCCAUGGUUGAUGCUGUGGCCCGGCUCAACCCUGUGUCCUUUGCCUUUGAAGUCACGGCUGAAUUUAAGCACUACAAAGAAGGUGUUUACACCAGCACCCAGUGUAAGAAGACAGCAGACAUGGUGAAUCAUGCGGUGUUGGCUGUGGGUUACGGUGCUGAAGAGAACGGCACGCCGUAUUGGAUUGUGAAGAACUCUUGGGGCACCAACUGGGGAAUGGACGGAUAUUUUUUGAUCGAGCAAGGAAAAAACAUGUGCGGACUGGCUGCAUGUGCUUCCUACCCUCUACCUUUAGUUUGAGGAUUAAAAUGGCAACUAAGUGGAGGAGUGAUAAGACUCAGGAAAAUGUAAGAGACAACAUACAUGGAGUAAUGGAAAGUCAGUGCUUUCAUGCUCCCUGAAGUGUUUUAUGUAGAAGUUUGAUUUCUCGAGAUUAUUAAACUAUAAACUUUUGUGUCACACUGUCAACUUUCCUGUGUUGCAUUUGCUUCUCAUUGUUUUAAGGUUGGAAGUUUUUAUCUAUUAUCUUUGUGUCUUGUGUUUCCUAAUGUGUCGUUAAUGACUACACAAAGAAAAUGUAUUUAAUCGUAUAAAGUUUGCCUGUACUGACGCUUGUACCAUGCAGGCCACCUCUCCAACACUUCAUAUAAUCAGUUAUGUGACAUGCACAGUGUCACGCUGAGCAAUAAACAUCCCAGUAGAUCAAUGAUAUCAUGUUAUGACAGAUCUUCCAUGGGCAUUGACUUGAUUUUUCAGUGAGAGGCUUCUCUAUGACUCCGUAAAGACAAAAUCAUGUGUGUAAAAAUCUCUGAACGUCUUCAAAGACAAGGACAAGCUGCUUCCUUGACCUCCACAGUUCUCUAUCUUCUUUAACCCGAUUAACAUACUUUAGAGAUGGUCACGCACAAAAGGCACAUUAAGGAGUCCGCUCAGAUGUGAAAGAAUUGCCUGUUUCCAUUUCUACAUGUUUUGUUAAUAAACAAU